AUGCCUCUGCCGCCGUCCAGAUCCAUGGUCCUCUCCCCGAUCUCCUUCCGCCUCCCCAUCCCGAUGGACCCGUACGUCGCCGGCGGCACCACCCGACAUUCCGGCCGCCCCGAUUGGGUCUUACUCCACAAGUCGGCGCGUAUCUCGGGACACCGGAACUCGACCAUCUCCGGCUGCCACACGAUGGAGGGCCACCCCAUCGAGGUUUCCUUCUGGCUCGUCGACCCGCCGGGAGUCUCCUACUUCUCCGUCCACUGCCCCGGCCUCAACAAGGACUUCCACGACGAGCCCUACAUCAUCUGCGCCGAGGCCGCCCUUGUCCUCUUCAGCGUGGCCUUUGUCCCCGUCCCUGGCCGGAGAUCCAUCCAGCACUUCGUCUACAGAGCCGGCCCGGGGGCGCCGGCGCUGGAGCUGAUCCCGGACCCGGACAAGAUCAGAAGAGGCGAUCGAUUUGGCCUCUUGCCCUGCGGUGAUUCCGAGCACUAUGCCUUGGUCUUCCUCAAUAGAAAAUUUGCCUACAAUAAGCCUUGCCGUUUCGACCUCCACAUCUUCUCGUCGGCGACGCAGGCGUGGAGCAGCAAGGUGCCCUCGUCUUGCUUAUCGGAAGAUGAUCAGGCAUUGCUGCUCAACCAUGGCACCUGCAAGUCGGUCAUGGUCGGAGAUGGCUCGCUGGGCUGGGUUGAUCUCUUCAGCGGCAUCCUCCUCCUGUGCGAUGUGUUUGGUGAGUGUCCUGUGGUCAGGUACAUCACCUUGCCCGCUUCAAGGACUCGCCAGACGGACGAGCGCGGCCUCCCUUACUUUGCCUCGGAGUACUGCUGCAACGUGUCCUGCCGCGACGACGGUGCGAUCAAGUUUGUCGAGAUAGAGUUCGAUGAUCCGGAUCGCAGGAACAGAGGCAACCAAGGCUGGAGAGCCAUCAUAUGGGACAGGACGGUGACUUCGGAUGGUUGGAGCCAGCGCUUCAGAGUUGAUGCUGCUAACAUUUCAGUAGACCCAAGUUAUUCUGAUUUACUGCCUGAGCUGUGGAAUGGCAAGACUGGAGAACCAGAACUGAAGAGACUGAUUUUCUAUACCCCCACGCUGAGCAAGCACGACGACGAUCUUCUGUACAUGAUGUCUAAGGUGAACAAGGAAGACGACAAGGCCUGGGUCAUCACCGUCGACAUGAAACGCGAGGCCGUGGAGGCAAUCGCCCCGUAUUCUACCAAAGGGCGCCAACUCACUUCAUGGCACUGUCCAUGCACCUUUCCCAAGUACAUCGACCCGACGACCUCAGGGGAUCACGUGGCCAUGCACUCUAAGAGGAUUAGUGCGGCGGACUGUGUUCUGCAGGUGCUGUUGAGUCGAGACUGGUUCAGAGAAAUAGAUGAGCGCUUGGAAAUUGAGAUGCCAACUUACCAUGAGUGUGUAUCACUACUUGACUGUUGCCCAGCAUCAUCUGUGCUUUUAGAUAUCCAAGAAGUGGUAAAAUAUGCUUCCUCUACUGAUCAAGGCAAAGCCGCUCCACAAGCUGUGGAAUCUUGCUCACGUGCCUUGGAAGAAUUCGAGGCGCUAGUACGUGGGUCAGUGCGUGAUCCAUCGUCGUCGUCCACCGAAGGCAUGAGGAGCAAAAUCAGUGUCGCUCUUCGAGCCUUAGACAACAUCUUGGACAUCGUGCCGCCGACCUUGAGAGCGCUUGCGGAUGCCUGCCACCAAAAAGGAGGGAAGACAAUAUUUGAUCUUGUUGAGCAAGCAAGUGAUGAUACAGAGGAGUGCAAACUGGAGGGCUCUCCUGAUGCUGACAACCUUUCCCACGGCGAGAACAAGACGAUGGUCUAUGCGAUGGGCAGAUCUUGCGAGGUGCAGCAGGGGCGACCCCGUCAGCGAAGGAGGCAGAACCAGGCACGGGGCCAGGAAGAACGAGCGGUGGUUCCAAAUCGCCGCCAACUGGAGCAGUAUGUGAUGAUGAUUUUCUUGUGCCUGCUCUUCUUUGCCUACAUAUGGGCGCCGAUCGAUAUGAGGUUGUUAGGCCAUUGCCCUUUAGCAUCCUAUUAG